AUGAGCGGCGGGUUUGCGGUGCCACACGAUUUGCCGCGCUCCAGAACGACCUCCUCAGCCGAGAUGAUGGAGCAUAAUUACCCGCAAGGAGAGCCCGACGACGACGUGGAUAUGGCUGUCGAAAGUGAUGCCAGCGACGAGGAGGCACUUUACGAUGGGACGGCCCCGUUUACACAGACGUUCAAUCCGGACAUAAUUCUUCCGGAUAAGAAUUUGUCCUCAGAUGAUGAUGACGACGAGGAGACGGUUGGCAGGCAGCAUCGUGGGUUUUUAAGAUUUUUU